AAACCCCUCACGAGCGUUUCUUUCGCUUAACCAAACGAACUCUUUCGCCUCCCCCAAUCCCCCACGCCUCCCUCCCCCACUAAACCCACGGCGAUCUCCUCCUCCUAGAUUUCCUCCGCGCGCAGGCGAUUCCACGGGGGGCGCACCGGGAAACCCUGGAGUUCGUGUUUCUGUUGGAUUUUGGGUCCAGAUCGUGGCAAUCUAGGGCCCGAUUUGGUCGGUGAUGGGCGGCGGGAACCGCGUCUCCGGCGCCGGCUUCCUGAAGCCGCUCGCCGGCGUGUCGUUCGCCUUUAUGCCUGGGGCGGGCGCGCUCUACUUCCUGGUUGGGUCGGUGCUCGGGUUCCUGGUGAUGGUGUACUCCUCCGAGUCCGACGAGGGCGGCGUCGACUGGGCCUCCGCGGAGCGCUGGGUUCCGCUGGCCCGGUCGGUGGGCGCUCCCCAGAUGUUUGUUGGAAUUCCCCUCCUGCUCUUGGCGACCGGAGUCUGGCGCCUCGGCAAGCGCUGCAACGCCGUGGAGGGGCUCGUCGGGAACGCGGACGCCACGGUGCAGGCAUUGCGCGUUGGCGGCGUCGUCUGCGCCGUGUGCGGGACGAAGAUACUGGCCCUGAAGAAGAAAGGCGGCCUGGCCUCGGUCCCGUCCCCGUCCCCGUCCCACUCGAAGGGGUGCAGCUCCGACAAGCCGGUCGCGAGGUCGCUGGCAGCCGAGCUGGAGCAGGAGGCCCACGCUGAGGAAGACGACUGCGCGGCGGCCGGUGACGGGAACGGCGGCACGGAGGAGGGCAGCAUAGAGCGGCUGAAGCGGCGACUGGCAGCGGAGAGGAGGCGGAGGGAUGCCGCGCUGGAGGAGCUGGAGAAGGAGAGGCGCGCGGCGGCGUCCGCGGCCGAUGAGGCCAUGGCCAAGAUCGCGUGCCUGCGCAACGAGAAGGCGCUGGUGGAGCGCGAAGCGCGGCAGUUCCAGGAGAUGGCGCAACAGAAGCAAAUGUACGACCGGCAGCUGAUCGAGUCGCUCCAGUGGGUGAUCCAGAGGUUCGGCAUGCCGUGCGGGGAGGCCGAGGUGUCCUCCGAGCGGGGCGUCUCGGAGACGAGCGAGGACGACAGAGACAGGAAGUAGCCCCUUUCUUCUUGGUUAGUACUCCCACAGUAGCUUGAUGCAACAGUAAUGGCGGCCGACGCUGCUGUAGCUAAUGAUUGUCCAAAGCUUUUGAUCUUUUUUAUCAGCAUUCAGCAGCAAUUCAGGUUUCCUGAUCAAGUUUUGAAAUUUCGAUAGCUGAUGCUGUUGGGAGAAUCCUCUGGUAGGCAAAACCCUGCAGAACAUUAGAAGGCUAUGUAACACCCACCUGUAAAUAUGUCAUCUUUCAAAAGACCUUAAGACAUGAUCAACAAUGACGCAAAUUCAUCAUUUUGUAAACUCGCAUCGUUAUCCUGCAGUCUGAAUCUUUUUUGCAGGUUUCAGUAAAUUAGACUGGAGUUGACAACAAGAUACUGGAUUGCUAUAAGCCAACUUGAGAAGAAUGCUUACGAUGGAUGCAGAAACCUAAUUGCCUGGUUGUAACCUGUGUAUCAGCGUUGUUGGUAUCAGAAAUCGCAUAAGGUCACUUCCAACUGGGGUUUCAUUCUCAUUAUAUAGGACAUCAUGUCAGUAUUUUUUAUGUAUGACAAAAAAUCAAUAAAGAAAGAUAUAAAAUGAGUUUCGAAUA